GUUACUUCCAGUCCCUGCUGUCCCUCCUGCCUUCAGUCUGGACCUGCCUGGGGACCCUGGCAUUCAGCCUCACCAUGCAGAGGUCCCAGGAGGCCCCAGCCAAUUGCUCUCAGCUCCUCAACUAUCUGCCUACCUCCAGUGGCUUAUGGGGCACUGUCCUGCCCAGUUCUGCUAAGAUGCUCCUGGCCUCUCCCUCCACCCCAUCCAGGGGACGGACCCCCAGCGCUGUGGAGAGGCUGGAGGCCGACAAAGCCAAGUAUGUCAAGACGCACCAGGUGAUAGCGCGACGCCAGGAGCCAGCUCUGCGUGGGGGUCCCGGGCCGCUCACCCCGCACCCCUGCAACGAACUGGGGCCCCCUCCAUCGCCCAGGACGCCCAGACCCGCCCGCCGGGGCAGUGGCAGGCGGCUGCCAAGGCCUGAUUCCCUCAUCUUCUACCGCCAGAAGCGGGACUGCAAGGCUUCAGUGAACAAAGAGAACGCCAAAGGCCAGGGGCUGGUGCGUCGCCUCUUCCUGGGCGCCCCCCGAGACGUCGCUUCAAGCAGCCCAGGCUCAACGGAGCGACCCGCGGCUCCUGGGGGUUGGGCCGCGCCCCAAGAUGCCCCAGAAGCAGCGGGAAAGCGGGCAUUGUGCCCCACGUGCUCGCUGCCCCUGUCGGAGAAGGAGCGCUUCUUCAACUACUGCGGUCUGGAGCGCGCGCUGGUAGAGGUGCUGGGCGCCGAGCGCUUCUCUCCACAGAGCUGGGGUGCCGACGCCAGCCCCCAGCCCGGAACGUCGCCGCCGCCCGGCUCUGGGGACGCCAGCGACUGGACGUCCAGCGACGGCGGCACAGAACGCCGGGACCGUGCGGAGGGCGGUGGCUCGGAAGCGGGGGGCUCGGCGCGGGACGGGCGCCCCCAGGUGUCGGUGGUGGAGCGCAACGCGCGCGUCAUCCAGUGGCUGUACGGCUGCCAGCGCGCCCGCGGCCCGCCGCGCGAGUCCGAGGUGUGACCGCCGCCGCUCGUGAGCAGGCUCUGGUGGAGUCCGGGGUCCGGGGAAGGGCAAGGGGUGAGCGCGGGGCUGGACCCAGGCACGGGCAGGGACACCCUGCCUCUAACGCGCCGGGUGCUUUUGGGCAAACCCUUCCCUUUGGAUCUCGGUUUCCCCUCGUGAACCUUGGGAGGAUGGGACAAAAAGAUCCCGAAGGCCCUUCCCGGCGCAGGCGGCGGACGGGGAGGGGGCGACCUCGUGGCCCCUGUGGAGGCCGGGAGGCUAGUGAAGACUGGGCGAGUGAAGACUGGGGUGGGAGAUCAGAGAACCUGCUGAAUAAAGUCAAAAAGUUAUUUAAAGGAGUCGAGAGGCUGGAUUACAGAGCAGACGCGCGAGGGUUUUGGAGUGUGGGUUUCAGUCUGACUGUGCCUCUCGGGACCGCAGACACACCCUUCGGUGAUCGAAGUAUAUUUGAAAUGGUCACAAAGCGCUUGGCAAAGUUCCCGGCAUGUAGGAGGUGCUCAAUAAACGAAGCCGCUAUGACCACUACCGAAUUAGCACUAACACUAUUAUGAUCGUCUCCGCCACCGACCCCCCAGGAGGGUCCAAAUUAGAGCUGGGAGCCGGGAAUCGCGCGUUUGGGGAGUUUUGGGGAGGGGUGUGCUCCAGAAAUCUGGGGUUCACCAGCCCCUGAAGGCUCCCAUUCCUGGAGCUUUGCUACCCGUUUUGGUUACUAGAUAUGAAGGUCUGAGAUGUGGAGGAUCCAGAAUCGAGGACAAUAAAGGACUCUUCAAACCAGGA